AUGGCCAAGGCGUGGUGUUUAUUUUGCAGGGAAACAACAGACACUUACACGAUUGCUGUAUCUCCCAUCUUGGGUUACCUGGGUCCUUCAAUGAGCAAAUACUCAAUUGAUGGUGGUCGCAGUGGUCUGGCUUCUGACCUCAACUUGCCUUUUAUCUUGGAUAAACUAGAACCUGUCGAGAGCCCGCGGAGACAUCUUCUUGGGUCGGUUCAAGAUGAGGACCCCUCGUUUCAGUAUACCAAAGAGAUCGACGCCCGUCAAGGGUGCAGCGUAACACAGACAGUCUUCAAUGGUAUUAACGUACUGGCUGGUGUUGGCCUUCUUUCCACUCCAUCUACAAUUCAUGAAGCUGGAUGGGCUGGUCUUGCAGUUCUGUCUGUUUUUGCAAUUAUUUGCUGUUAUACUGGAGUUCUUCUUAAGCAUUGUUUCGAGAGCAAAGACGGCAUUUCAACCUAUCCAGACAUUGGGGAGGCUGCCUUUGGAAAAAUUGGCCGCUUGAUCAUAUCUAUUAUUUUGUAUACCGAGUUAUAUUCAUAUUGUGUGGAAUUCAUUAUUUUGGAAGGUGAUAAUAUCACAUCAAUCUUUCCUGACAUUAAUCUUAAUUUGUUCGGGAUUCAUGUUGAUGGUAGACAUUUCUUUGGAAUGCUAACUGCUCUUGUAGUCCUGCCCACAGUAUGGUUGCGAGAUCUUCAAGUGCUAUCAUUCCUUUCAGCGGGUGGCAUUAUUGCAACUCUUGUGGUUUUUGUAUCUGUUGCUCUAGUUGGCACCACUGAAGGUGUAGGGUUCCAUCCGACUGGGGAAGCAGUCAAGUGGAGUGGGAUGCCCUUUGCUAUCGGUGUUUAUGGUUUCUGCUACUGUGGGCAUUCGGUAUUUCCGAAUAUCUACCAAUCAAUGUCUGAUCGCACAAAAUUCACCAAGGCACUCUUUAUAUGGUUCACAAUUUGCACAGCAAUAUAUGGCUCGUUUGCUAUUAUUGGCUAUCUCAUGUUUGGUGACAAGACUUUGUCGCAAAUAACUUUGAAUCUUCCAAAAGAGUCAUUUGCCUCGAAAGUUGCUCUGUGGACCACGGUGAUCAACCCUUUCACUAAAUUUGCCUUGUUGUUAAACCCAGUGGCUCGGAGUUUAGAAGAGUUGCGCCCUGAAGGAUUUUUGAACGAAACAAUCUGCUUUAUUAUACUGAGGACAAGCCUUGUGGCGUCAACUGUUGUGAUUGCCUUUCUUCUUCCGUUCUUUGGUUUGGUGAUGGCUCUGAUUGGAUCCCUGCUCAGUAUACUUGUGGACAUUCAAGAUUUCUCUGUGCAUACCAUGUUGUCACUCCAAUUUCAGGUGAUUGCAAGUGUCUCUAUAAUAGUGGUUGGAGUCAUCAGUGCCGCCCUCAGAACCUACUCCUCGGUGGCCAGCAUAAUCGGAUACUACUGA